AUGCUGGCGUCCGUUGACACUGGCAACAUCCCUUGCAUCGUUGACCCGCACAUCUGGUGGCGACACCCCAUGCUGCGUUUGGUUGCCGUGUGGUCCAUACUUUUCCUGGACUUCUUUAUAUAUGGAGUAGACCCAGCGCAGGACUCGCACGUGACGUACCCGUUCUUUGGUGUGUUCGAAGAUUUCUUCAUCAUCGCAUGGCCUCAGAGGGUUGAGCACCAGAUAAGCAGAAUUGUAUUAUUCAUCGUUCUCACAAUGUUCAGCUUUUGGUUUGGGCGUAUGGUUGUGCAUCACAAAUUCCUGAGAGAUUUUUGUGGGCUCCAGAUGUUCUCAGAGAACAACGGCACCCUGCUUGUGAAUUUUAUCGUGUAUGUGAUUUUUUUUGAGGGCGUCCUUCCUUUGCCAGUGAAUUACAUUGAGAGCGGGAGUACGGCAGAACCCGUGACAGAGCACUCCGUUCUUCGUUACAUGGAUUGGGGCAAAAUUUGGCAGACUAUGGCAGCUGUCGCCGAUACGCUUGCCAUUGUUACGAUCACUGACGCUGUCAUGCAAGACAGGACAGUGUGGCCUGACUUCGCCCCAAGGGUCAAGUGGCUUUGGAACGACGCUGCUGGUGGAUGGGUCCGUGUGCUCAUGGCAUGGACAGGGUUCGUCAUCAUGAUGCCGCUGAUCGUGUUCGGCCUGUGGUGCGACGAUAGGACCAACGGAAUCUACACGAUGGAUCAUGUUGAUGUCCUACGUACAACGCAGUGGAUGCGGGUGGCGGUUGCUGCAUUUCUAACAUGCGUGGACAUAACCACCUGCUUGCAGGAUUGGGAGUUCCCAUCGUUCAACGCACCUCUUGAUUUCAAGAUUGUGGGCUCGUUCGCCACCACGAUCGAUAUCCAAUGCCUAACGGAUCUAACGCGGCCGAUAUCAAAGGUCAUCACGUGCAUACCGGAAGAUUUUUGGGAGGUCUUUCACUUCCGGAUGUCAGGCAAGUGGCUUGCCUACAUGCCUGCGUUCGGUUCUCUUGGUGUCGAUCUGUACUACAUGAUCAGGACGAUCUACUCGUUCAAACCAAUAGCAUUUGGAGAAUACGUUAAGGAUUGCCGGCUGUUUGUGAUCGUGAACGAGACGUUCUUGGACAGCCUUUAUCUGAAUGGGGCGGUGCCAGCCAAUGAAAGUGAUUACCCUUCGUGGGAGAAUCGCCAAGGCGAAGGGGACGUCGUCCUCAAUUCUCGCUUCUGCGGCAGCCACGACGCUUUGAGCGCGAUGUUCUUGGGCUUCGGGCUGUUCGCGGGGAUUGCCUUCAUCGCCCUCAUCAUCAGGGCCGAGUAUUAUUGGGAUAAUUACUUCACCCGGAACCAAGAAGGGCUUCACGACAGGAUCAACACUUAUUACGAGGAGGCCGCCGAGAAGCAGCGACAGGGCUCCGAAGGCGAACUUGGUGCGCAGGAAUGA